GGCAGUCACCAUGAAGGCGCUGCUCCUGCUCUGCUGCUUCCUGGCCUCGCUGCUGCUUUCAGGACAAGCAGAACUGCAAGUCUCUGCUUCGGGUGGCACGGAAGAUGUUGGCAAUUUGUUGGAGAAUCAUUUCUCUGCUGGAGACGCAAGUCUAGAGGAGAAAGAAAGGGCGCUUUAUGCAGAUGCGGCCCCUGGAGACAAGAACCUACUCCUUCACUACCCAGACGGCAGGGAGGCUGAGAGCUUGGAGCAGCCUCCUGCAGGGGCCCCUUCCACUGCCAACGGCCAGGGCUCCGAAUCCGAAGCUAGCCUGUCCAAUUCCUCAGCUGCAGAGUCAGCUCCACCCGGGGAUGUCGAAGGACCCGGGGAGGAAGAGGAGGGCCCACAUGCAGCAGGCACCCUUCCUCCGGGAGGGGCUGAGGGGCCAGAAGAAGAGAGGCCAGAGUUCAGUUCUGGAGAGGAAGCAGGACAGGAGGAGGCUGGGGUGGGGCUCCCCACAGAGGGGGCUGCGAAUAUGGAGGCAGAAGUACAAGAGGGAAGUAGUGGCGUCCCCGAGGAAUUGCAGGGGCGCUUAGGAGAUGGGCCUAUGGAAGAAGCAGCAGCCGGGGCAGCAGAGUCUGUAGCUCCCCAGUCUAUAGAGGGUGAAGAGGCAGGAGGUGAGGGCAGCACAGGCUCUGGUCACCAAUCCACAGAGCUAGAUGGAGCCCAGGAUGCCAUACCCGCUGGAGAGGACUCAGAGGCUGACGUGGCUGCCGAAGCCAGGGAGGAGGCAGAGGACCAGCCCGAGGACCACUCCCUGCCGUCAGAGGAUGCAGCACCCCCAGGGCCUGAUCACCAGCCCACAGACCCACACGCAGUCUCUGACAUGGCAUCUUCUGGAGUAGGGGCAGAGGAAGACGCUGAAGACUCAAAGCCUGAGGUGGAUGCAGAAACUGGGGAGGAGGCUGAGGACCAGGGGGAGGCUAGACCUAGCCUGGAGGCUGGCUCAGCUGGAGAGGCCAGGGAAAAGUCCGAGGACACCCAGAGUUCCGAGGUGAGGGAGACAGAGGGCCAGGCAUCAGGGAUGUCGGAGGAGGACCUGGCUGAGGCCUCCUCUGAAGAAGAGGGCGGUGAAGAAGGCGGAAGUGAGGAUGGAGGACUUCCAUCUAAAGAAGAGUCUGGAGAAGACAGUGGUGACGGAGCUAGCUCAGAAGAAGAGGGGAGCACCUCCGGGGAGGCUGCAGAGCCCCAGCAAACACCAAGAGCCACAGGACAUGAGGAGGAAGGGGCCCAGCUUGAUGUGGAAGAUUUGAACACAGGGUCCGAGGGCGUCAAGACCCAGGACACAGAAGCAGAGGCAUCUGGAGAGAGACAACAGGGGAGAGGGAAUCCUGUAAUUGCUCAUCAGGAAGAGGCGGAGGAUGUGAGCGAAGAGGCUCCCAUGAGGGAUCGCUCCCACAUCGAGAAAACCCUGAUGCUGAAUGAGGACAAGCCAGCGGACGAUUACUCAGCGGUGCUGCAGCGGCUUCGGAAGAUCUACCACACAUCCAUCAAGCCCCUGGAGCAGUCUUACAAGUACAAUGAACUUCGACAGCAUGAGAUCACAGACGGGGAGAUUACUUCCAAGCCAAUGGUGCUGUUCCUGGGACCGUGGAGCGUUGGCAAAUCCACCAUGAUAAACUACCUCCUUGGAUUAGAAGAUACUCGAUAUCAGCUUUAUACAGGUGCUGAGCCUACCACCUCUGAGUUCACUGUCCUCAUGCAUGGGCCCAAGCUGAAAACCAUUGAGGGCAUCGUCAUGGCUGCUGACAGUGCCCGGUCCUUCUCACCACUGGAAAAGUUUGGCCAGAAUUUUCUGGAGAAGCUGAUUGGCAUUGAGGUUCCCCACAAGCUUCUAGAACGAGUCACUUUCGUGGAUACUCCGGGCAUCAUUGAGAACCGCAAGCAACAAGAAAGAGGUUACCCCUUCAACGAUGUGUGUCAGUGGUUCAUCGACAGAGCCGACCUCAUCUUCGUUGUCUUUGAUCCCACCAAGCUGGACGUGGGCCUGGAGCUGGAGAUGCUCUUUCGCCAACUGAAAGGACGCGAGUCCCAGAUAAGGAUCAUUUUGAACAAGGCUGACAACCUGGCCACACAAAUGCUCAUGCGGGUGUAUGGGGCUCUCUUCUGGAGCUUGGCCCCUCUCAUCAAUGUCACGGAGCCUCCCCGGGUUUACGUCAGCUCCUUCUGGCCACAGGACUAUAAGCCCGAUACCCACCGGGAUCUGUUCCUCAAAGAAGAGAUCUCUCUCCUGGAAGACCUGAACCAGGUGAUAGAGAACAGGCUCGAGAACAAGAUUGCUUUUAUUCGCCAGCACGCCAUCAGGGUCCGAAUCCACGCCCUUUUAGUUGACCGCUAUCUGCAGACUUACAAGGACAAAAUGACCUUCUUCAGUGACGGGGAACUGGUCUUUAAGGACAUUGUGGAAGAUCCUGAUAAAUUCUACAUCUUCAAGACCAUCCUGGCAAAGACCAAUGUCAGCAAGUUUGACCUUCCCAACCGUGAGGCUUAUAAGGACUUCUUCGGCAUCAACCCCAUUUCCAAUUUCAAACUCCUCUCUCAGCAGUGCUCCUACAUGGGGGGCUGCUUCCUGGAGAAGAUUGAACGAGCCAUCACCCAGGAGCUCCCCAGCCUUCUGGGUAGCAUUGGGCUUGGGAAGAAUCCAGGUGCUCCUAACUGUGACAAAACAGGCUGCGGAGAGACCCCAAAGAAUCGCUACAAGAAGCACUAGUUUCUGCGUAGCUAUCCUCGGGUCCCCGUUGGUGAAUAAGCUUGUGUCCUAACUGUCUGAGAAGUCCUGGUUUGUUAACCCUUUGAGCCAUACUGGCGACAACCAGUCUGCAUUGGAGAUUUGGAAGUUCACUGAGGCCGGUGAAUCAGGGAAGGCACAGGGUUCUAGGGAGGAGAGCGGUAACUGUGAAUCAUAGUAUGCUUGUCCUACUGCUUCAGUUAGAAGGCCUGACACAGGCCAAGUCAGUCUACAAGGCUUCCCUUGUUUUUUCUGGGUCCUGUCUUGGAAGGGCAGAGAGCAGCUAAAUCCUAAUGAAUACUAAGAUAGUGAGGUUCUAAUAAGCUAAACUCAUGGAAAUUUCCUGAGUAACAGAGGCUUCUCAGGUCUGUGUCAACUCCUUUCACACACGUCUUCUGUUUGAUCCCUGUCCCUCCUUGGCUCCCUCCUAAGCUUGGGUUGAUUUUCAGAAGUGGACAGUCUCUUGAGUUUGAUCUUCAUGAAUUUUGAGCCCAACCUUGGAAUCCUCUCCCAGUUUUCUCAAGGGGUGGGGCAUCCAUAAAACUAAAACAAGAGUUUUCAAAUUAGGGUGUUGAUCUGCCGCCACUGGUGUCCCAAUUGGGGAGCUCAGACAGUUGUCCCUAAAAGGAGGGUGAGUGGGUGAUGUACUCAAGUACCUUCCCCUCCUUACACGGAGGUAUGAAGGGCUCGGGGGGUUAAUUGGUUUGCAGUGUGUCUUUGUCUGUUGCAUGUCUUGGAAAGCUCAGAUCACAGAGGUGUUGGGUUUCAGAGUGGACAAUGGAGACCUUGCUCCUAGUCCUUAGAGGCUUCUCUGGACAGACAUUCUCCCAAGUUUUGGUGGAAGCUGUUUCUACAGCUCCUUUGUGGGAGCACUUGACAGAGGACUUGCCUCUUCUGGUUCCCGGAACCAUGGUUUCUCUUUUCCUUUCUUCUCCAUUCCCUGAUGCAUCAAUACUUCCAACUGAGAAAAAGUCCCUAGGAUCAGAACCAGUACCAGCCCCUUGACAUUGGCAUUGGUGCCAGAUAAGGCCCGAGGUUCAGAUUCAACCUGAAUUCCUGCAGAUACCCACCAAGUGCAGUCAGGACUGUCAGGGCCUUCAAACACCAGUGAAUGUGCACUUAGACAGUGUGUCCACUGUACAAGAGACAGCCAGGAGGAUGACAGAUUUGAGGGCACAGAGAGAGGACUCCUGGGAGUCUUGCAAGGCACACAUACACUGCCACCUUGAAGUGCAGGAGAGCAAGACGCUCUGGAAGGGUGAAGAGCUUUUUGACGGAGCAGGCAAAGUUCAGCCUGCCUUGAGGGCUUCCUCUGGGCACAGCCAGCUGCUUUCGUUUUGGAGCAAGCUCUCCUGGAGGCCCUGAUUGUGAGGCAUGGGUUGGGAUCCAGCAGCAGCAGGGGGUCAUCUGGAGCAGAAGGGAAGUGGGAGGGAAGCCUGAGCCGACGUUAUUCUUUCUGAGGAUCAAAUAUGCAGCGUAAGCAUAUUGGUAACCGAGGAGGCUACACAGAGAACAUCAACUGAGGCCUUUGUGUUUCUCCGAAUUCUUUGAAGUCUGGUGCCUUCUGAGGGAGACUGCUGUUUUGGCUCCACGUAGGGCCCAGGACCUGCUGCCGUAAGUCAAAAGCUCCAGAACUGCCAGGACAGUGUCUCCAAGGAGUGAGUUCCUCCCAUAAGAGUCAUUCAUGGAGCCUGGUGGUUAGGGUAGAUGAGCUGCAAUCAGUCUUGGAUUUUUCUUCCCAAACUCCUCCCCUCUUCUCUCCAUCAUGCGCUCUCUGGAGAGACUGUCCUUCCCACCCUUCUCCUUCCUGCCUGUGAGUUUUGUGUGGCAAAUCUGUUUUUCUCUCAAUGCAGAAACGGGGGAAACAGCUGAACUGUAUGGAGCCUGUCCUAGCUGUCAGUGCCUGCAUGCUUCGGGGGAAGCAGGUGAAAUGAGGCCAAUGAAUUCUUACAGCAUUUGCAUUUGGGGGGAGGCACCCGACCCGUGGUACCUUCCUUCCUUUUGGAUUUCUCUCCGUCCAUUUUUCUUCUCUGCCUCCAUUCUGUCCCUCUCCCACUCACAGGCCGGUGACAGUCCCACAGCUUUCAGCACUCAAUCUUGGCCUGGCUGUGCAGAGCUGGGUUUUGAGCAGGAUUCUGACUAGGAGGAGGGAAAAACGUGGGAUGCAGAGAUUUCCUGAGGGGAACAUCUGUGUCUGUGCCUGAAGAGUGGCUGACCUUUCCAGUGUCCUUUCUAUUCUGGUUUCAUCAGGGAGAACGUCUCAAUAAAGUUCCAAUCUCUCUUCAA